GUGCCGAUGACUGGCAGUCUGUCGGAGCAGGACGAAGGACACCGCACGGAAAACCGCAUCGCCACAAAAGUCCAACAAACAGCUUCAGAUACGGGUUUCGUUACCUUGAAUUACCAUAAUUAAUCAAAAUGUCAACAGCGAAAGGAGUUGCUAUUGGGAUUGAUUUAGGCACCACCUACUCUUGUGUUGGGGUGUUCCAGCACGGAAAGGUGGAGAUCAUAGCCAAUGACCAGGGCAACAGAACAACCCCCAGCUAUGUGGCUUUCACUGACACAGAGCGCUUAAUUGGAGAUGCUGCCAAGAAUCAAGUGGCCAUGAAUCCAAAUAACACAGUAUUUGACGCAAAGCGACUCAUUGGCCGAAAAUUUGAUGAUCCAGUCGUGCAGUCUGACAUGAUGCAUUGGCCAUUUAAGGUUGUCAGUGAAGGAGGAAAACCAAAAGUUGAAGUAGAGUACAAAGGAGAGACCAAGUUAUUCUACCCUGAAGAAAUCUCCUCCAUGGUCCUGGUUAAAAUGAAGGAAAUUGCAGAGGCCUACCUGGGUCAGAAAGUGGCAAAUGCAGUCAUCACUGUUCCAGCCUACUUUAAUGAUUCUCAGAGGCAGGCCACUAAGGAUGCUGGUGUAAUUGCUGGACUAAAUGUACUGAGAAUUAUUAACGAACCCACUGCUGCAGCCAUUGCUUAUGGUCUUGACAAGAGCAAAGGAAGAGAACGCAAUGUUCUAAUCUUUGACCUUGGUGGUGGAACCUUUGAUGUGUCCAUCCUGACCAUUGAAGAUGGCAUCUUUGAGGUGAAAGCAACAGCAGGUGACACUCACCUGGGUGGGGAGGACUUUGACAACCGCAUGGUCAGUCAUUUUGUGGAAGAGUUUAAAAGGAAGUACAAGAAGGACAUCAGCCAGAACAAGCGUGCACUGAGGAGAUUGCGCACAGCUUGUGAGAGGGCCAAGAGAACCCUGUCCUCCAGCUCUCAGGCCAGCAUUGAGAUCGACUCCCUGUAUGAAGGCAUUGACUUCUACACUUCUGUUACCAGAGCACGCUUUGAGGAGAUGAACUCCGACCUCUUCAGAUGUACACUGGAGCCUGUAGAGAAAGCCCUACGUGAUGCAAAGAUGGAUAAGUCGCAGAUCAAUGACAUUGUCCUGGUUGGAGGUUCUACAAGAAUCCCCAAGAUCCAGAAACUUCUGCAGGAUUUCUUCAAUGGCAGAGAGCUGAACAAGAGCAUCAAUCCAGACGAGGCAGUGGCUUACGGUGCAGCUGUCCAGGCUGCCAUCCUUGUGGGUGACACCUCUGGAAACGUCCAGGACCUUCUGCUGCUGGAUGUGGCCCCGCUGUCCCUGGGCAUUGAGACCGCAGGUGGAGUCAUGACCGCUCUCAUCAAACGCAACACCACCAUCCCCACCAAGCAGACCCAGACCUUCAGCACAUAUGCAGACAACCAGCCUGGUGUUCUGAUCCAGGUUUACGAAGGUGAGAGAGCAAUGACAAAAGACAACAACCUGCUGGGGAAGUUUGACCUGACGGGCAUCCCACCUGCACCUCGAGGAGUCCCUCAGAUUGAAGUGACCUUUGACAUUGACGCCAAUGGUAUCCUCAAUGUGUCUGCAGUGGAUAAAAGCACUGGUAAAGAAAACAAAAUCACUAUCACCAAUGACAAAGGUCGUCUAAGCAAAGAGGAGAUUGAGAGGAUGGUGCAGGAAGCAGACAAGUAUAAAGCAGAGGACGACCUCCAGAGACAGAGGAUCGCUGCUAAGAAUGCUCUUGAGUCCUUUGCCUUCAACGUGAAGAGCAGUGUCGAGGAUGAGAACAUGAAAGGCAAGAUCAGUGAGGGCGACAAGAAGAAAGUCAUUGAGAGGUGCAACCAAGCCAUCACGUGGCUGGAGAACAACCAGCUGGCUGAAAAGGAGGAGUAUGAGCAUCAGCUGAAGGAGCUGGAGAAGGUGUGCAACCCCAUCAUCACCAAACUGUACCAGGGAGGGAUGCCAGAUGGAGGCUGUGGAGCUCAGACCCAAGAGCCCACUAUUGAAGAGGUUGACUAAAAAUAGCUCUGCUUCUUAAACAUUGGGUUGGAUGGGGGGGUACUUAGGAACCAAAGUUAUGCUUUCUUUUGAGAAGUACACAGUACACAGAAAUUGUGUUAUUUGUCAGGUUUUGGAAAUACUUGAAGAAUUAAAUUCGAAGAAUUCAGUGCAUUCCUAAAGUUUUCAUAACUUAUGGACCUCUGUAUGUUAUCAAUAAAAAUGUAACUUCUAAACCGUGACUACUUCAUAACAAAGUUACAAAGUACAGGUCCUGUAAUGGAAAUGACACAUUAUACCUGCCAGGGAAAUUUGUUUUAAAUUAAUUGUAUUUUUGGAAAUUCUUACUAGUGUAUGUAGGGUAUCUAUUUUGUUAUAGAAGUGGAAGCUCUAUUGGUAAUUUUCUGAAAAUAUUUUGAAAGAAAUAUCAUUUGAAAUAAGAAUUCUAUGAAUACAUUGUUGUUUUCAUAACCUUUGCAUUUUGUCAAUAAAAAGUUGAACUUCACUUCCAGGCAGUCACUAGUGCAUAACAUAAAGAUAAUAUGGUGUCUGUAAUAGAAAUAAAGAUUAUUCCUUCCAGACAAAUUGUGAUGUUAAUAUUGGUAGAACCAGCACAAGUGGUUUACUGUAAAUAAGGCAAAUAAAGCCUUCUUUAAUCAUU